UCAAAUUCGUCUAUUCACCGCCGGUGUGCUGUCGCCGAUAUGCUUCGUCGUAUCUUCUACAAGCGUGCACGUGAUGAUUUAGCUAACUGUCAUCGUCUGUUGCACAUUCCGUAUAACGAACCAGAGUCUGAUCCAAAGGUAAUAUCCGAAAUCAUUGGUAUAGUUUCAAAGAAAGAAGUAGCAUCAUCAUCAUCAUCAUCAUCAUCAUCAUCAUCAGUUACGGAACAAACUCAACAUUGGCGUAAGAAUUGGCAACAUUUGAGAAAGAAUAGGUUAACAGCUAGUAACUUUUCACAUGCUAUUGGAUUUUCUCCCGAGGGUAGACGAAAUCUUUGGUUAGAGAAAAUCGGGGCAUCGAAACAGUUUGCUGGGAACCGAGCUACGUUUUGGGACAAUGAUAAUGAGGUUGAAGCACUCGAGAGAUACAACGAGUUAACGGGAAACGAUAUCCUCAUGCCUGAAUUCGUUGUGUAUAAGAAGGGGGAAACCCCUGAAGAAGACUGGUUAGGAGCUUCUCCUGAUGGAAUGGUUAAUGUAGUUAAAGACGGUGUAACUUCAAGGGGUGUGUUAGAAGUGAAAUGCCCGUUUUACGACGGGAAAGCUUAUCCAUGGAAGAAGGUUCCUUGGACUUGUGUUCCACAACUUCAAGGUUUAAUGGAGAUUGUGGAUGCUGAUUGGUUGGAUUUUUAUUGUUGGACUCCAAGGGGAAGCAGCCUCUUCAGAGUUUGGCGAGAUACCGCGUUUUGGGAGGAUAUGAAACCGGCACUUGUUGAUUUCUGGCAGAAGCAUGUUUUACCUGCAAGAGAUGUAUACAAUAACUUUGAUAUAAGGGAUCCUCAAGUGAAGCUGAGAGAGUUUAUGCCAGAGCAUUGGCAUGAAGAUUGCAAGAAGAUUAUGCGUGGAGCUGAGAGAAUCAGCGAUAGCUCUAACCGUUUGUUCUAUGAAAUCAACGGGAAGCUUGUAGAUUGAGAUUUUGGGAAAUGGAACAUGUGGAACCUGCAAACAAGCCAUGUUCCUUGCUUUCUCAUUUGAAUGUUUUAUUUGCUUCGUUCGGGAUGUAGAAAGCACAAAAUGAAGCUCUUUUGAUGAGCUUAAAGUACAUAUUUCAUA